AUGAGCUCUAGUAGUCUCAAAAGAUCGAGCGAGGUCGAAUCUCGCGAUCCUGAAACUCUAGAGAAACGGCUCAAGCCACAAUCGUUCGAUCACAGCGCGCUGAGCGAACCUGUAUCAUCGAUCGAGAUCAUUCCUACAGAUAAGUUCAGAAAACAACAAUCGCAAGGUUUUCAACCAAAGGGUGCAGUCAAUGGUUCACAACCAGUUAAUCCUACCGCCUUUGAACAGGAAUUGUUGCACAUGGACCAUGACAGCGUUGUCGCACAGGAACACGGAAAGCACAAAUCUUGGCAGCGGGAACCUUUGCCUAAGGACUUCUCUCCUAGUACGCACGCUAUAUCAUUCCAGCAACUGGAUGCAGAGCAAAGCAUUCUUCCAGGGAUUAGGGAGAACAACACUUCACAUGCUGUUCGUUUUUUCGGAGUUACAAAUGAGGGCCAUUCGGUGCUCUGCAGUGUUACUGGGUUCAGACACUACCUGUACGUUCCGGCACCCGCCGGGUUCACUGCACAAGAUGUUGAUGGCUUCCAGCGAUAUCUAAAUGAUACUUAUGAAAACGUUGUCGACGAAAUUGAGAUAGCCAUGCGUCAAUCGAUCUGGGGUUAUUCAGGAACUGCUAAACUGCCUUUUUUGAAGAUUUAUGCAACAAAUCCAGCUGGAAUUAACAAAAUAAGAACUGGGUUUGAACGCGGUCAUAUUAAUUACAACGAUACCUGGUUCUCAGGUGGAACCACCUCGUACGAUAACAUCGCGUAUACGCUAAGAUUGAUGAUAGAUUGUGGGAUCACAGGUAUGUCUUGGAUCACUCUACCUGAGGGCAAAUAUCACAUGUUACCAGAACGGGAGAAAGUGAGCACUUGUCAGCUGGAAGUACGAAUUAAUUAUAAAGACCUGAUAGCUCGACCGGCAGAGGACGAGUGGUCCCUUUCUGCGCCGCUCAGAAUUCUAUCUUUUGAUAUUGAAUGUGCUGGUAGGGUAGGUGUCUUUCCAGAGUCUGAAAUUGAUCCGGUGAUCCAAAUCGCGAACGUAGUGAGUAUCGCAGGCGCAUCCAAGUCAUUCAUUCGCAAUGUUUUUACCGUGAAGACUUGCUCACCUAUAACAGGCUCUCAAAUCUUUGACCAUAAGACCGAAAAUGAGAUGCUUAAGCACUGGCGUAAAUUUGUUGUCGAGGUUGACCCCGACGUUAUAAUUGGCUAUAACACAACGAAUUUUGAUUUACCAUAUCUACUCGGCCGUGGACGCGCUCUAAAAAUAGAGGAAUUUCCAUACUUUGGCCGCUUAAAAUCAGUGAAACAAGAAGUGAAGGAUGCGGUGUUUUCAUCUAAAGCAUAUGGUACUCGUGAAUCAAAAAUCAUAAAUAUUGAUGGUCGACUUCAACUUGAUUUAUUACAGUUUGUGCAGCGUGAAUACAAAUUGAGGUCAUAUACUUUGAACGCAGUUUCAGCACAUUUUCUAGGAGAGCAAAAGGAAGAUGUCCACCACAGCAUAAUUAGCACCCUCCAGAAUGGAGACUCGGAGACGAGAAGACGGUUAGCUGUUUACUGUUUAAAGGAUGCAUUUUUACCCUUGAGACUUUUGGAGAAGCUUAUGGCAUUGGUGAACUAUACAGAAAUGGCUCGUGUGACGGGUGUACCAUUUUCUUACUUACUGGCCCGGGGCCAACAAAUUAAAGUCGUGUCACAGUUAUUUCGUAAAUGUCUUCAAAUUGACACCGUCAUUCCAAAUAUGCAAUCUCAAAGCUCGGACGAACAGUACGAAGGUGCAACAGUAAUUGAGCCUAUGAGAGGAUAUUACGACGUGCCCAUUGCCACGUUGGAUUUUAACUCUCUAUACCCAAGUAUCAUGAUGGCGCAUAACUUAUGCUAUACAACGCUGUGCAACAAAUCCACUGUUGAAAAAUUAAAUCUAGUUAAAGAUGAAGACUACAUUGUUACUCCAAAUAAGGAUUACUUUGUGACGUCAAAGUUACGUCGCGGUAUUCUGCCGGAAAUUCUGCAUGAGUUGAUUACUGCACGUAAGCGGGCUAAAAAAGACCUAAAAGCAGAGCAGGAUCCAUUUAAACGCGAUGUGCUAAAUGGCCGACAACUCGCGUUGAAGAUCUCCGCUAACUCGGUUUAUGGUUUCACAGGUGCAACCGUAGGUAAGCUCCCGUGCCUUGCCAUCUCUUCUUCUGUGACUUCAUUUGGGCGUACCAUGAUUGAACUAACUAAACAAGCAGUAGAGGAGCGGUACUCCAUAAAGGAAGGAUUCAAAUAUGACGCGGUCGUUGUGUAUGGUGACACCGAUUCCGUCAUGGUAAAAUUUGGUACAAACGAUUUGAAAGAGGCCAUGGAACUCGGCGCAGAAGCAGCAACAUACGUAUCUUCGCUUUUCAAGGACCCCAUUGCGCUCGAAUUCGAGAAAGCUUAUUUUCCUUACUUACUGAUCAACAAAAAGCGCUACGCAGGUCUAUACUGGACAAGUGUGGAGAAAUACGACAAGUUAGAUCAAAAGGGGUUAGCGUCAGUUCGUCGUGACUCAUGUCCUUUGGUUUCCAUUGUUAUGAAUAAAGUUUUGAAGAGAAUUUUAAUUGACCGUGAUGUCGACGGAGCAUUAAAUUUCAUUCGGGAUACGAUUGGUGAUAUUCUCCACAAUAGAGCUGACAUUUCGAAGUUAAUUAUAUCCAAAACACUGGCUCCAAAUUAUACCAAUCCCCAACCUCAUGCAGUACUUGCCGAGCGCAUGCUGAAAAGAGAUGGGGUUGGUCCUAACGUUGGUGAUCGUGUCGAUUAUGUUGUGGUGGGUGGUAAUGAUAAACUUUAUAACAGAGCCGAGGAUCCACUGUAUGUAUUGGAGCAGAACAUUCAGAUUGACUCAAAGUACUACUUGACGAACCAACUUCAAAAUCCGAUCAUUAGUAUCAUCGCUCCGAUCAUAGGAGAAAAGCACGCAAAUUCUAUGUUUGUUGUCAAGUCAAUCAAAAUCAGUUCUGGUAAUGCAAAAGGCGGUCUGAUGGGAUUUGUAAAGAAAGUUCAAACAUGCAAAGGCUGUAAAAGGCCACUAAAAAAAGGAGAGGGACCGUUAUGUCAUAAUUGCAUUGAAAGGUCUAGCGAACUCUACGUACGCGCUCUUUAUGAUGUUCGAGACCUUCAAGAAAAAUUCGCUCGCCUAUGGACCCAGUGCCAACGUUGUUCCGGAAGUUUGCAUAAUGAAGUUCUUUGCUCUAAUAAGAAUUGUGACAUUUUUUACAUGAGAGUUAAAGCGAAGAAAGAACUACAAGAAAAAGUGGUUGAAUUAAGCAAAUGGUGA